UUUUCUUUACUUGUUCCUACGACAAGAUUGCUUUCAUUCAGUCUAUUUUUAAGGGAAAAUUGUAUUGCCUAGUAUGCUCAAUCAUCAAUCUAACAUGAAGCCUUCAGAAAUUCGCUUCAGUCAAGACGAUAUUGGGCCUAACUUUUCCUCUAAUGGAAAAAAAAAGGUUAAUGACGUCAUUCAUGAAAUCCUGCAAGGAGAGACUUUCGUUUCCGACUUCCCUCCGAUCUCUGUUUGGUACAAAAACGGUUCAUGGUAUUCGGAAAAUAAUCGUCGUCUGUACAUGUUUAGAGUCUUGGAAUAUAAAGGAAAAAUAUCGGAUAUAAAUGUAACGGAGGACGAUCCCCCAAGAUGGCGCCCAAAUACGUCGCGUGAUGAUGGAGACAGUAUCCGAUUGCGUGGAGGAGCGCAAACAUAUCCUCACAGCAUUGAAGAAAUACGCAAUGCUAAACGGAGCAGGGCAAUGCCUUUACAUCGGGAUCACGGAAACGUCGGAAGUCAUCAGGGAAGGCAAGAAGUUGUCGAAAGCAACCAGGGGUUUGGUUGGGGAACUGCUGCAUUGAUGGGAGGGGCACUACUGGCGGCCGGAGCGGCUGCCAUGGCGUCGUCAAAUAGAGAAAAUAAUCAAAACGACAGACGUCGUCAACAACCGCAACCGGAGAAUCCGAAAAAUGAAGAUUGCGCCACCCAGUGAUAUAAAAAGAUUUAUUUGAAAAUAAUUUUGUUAAAUAUAUUUAUAAGAUAUACCGUCAAUGGAAUUAAUUGUAAUUA